AUGAUCAAAGAUCUUAAGUGUUAUCUACAAAAGUGGAGUUAUUUCGACGAAAACACCGAACGGAUAACAAUAUCACAUAACUUAGGGGUACCACUUAAUGUAGUGUACCAAGAUGAUUUUAAAAUAUCGGAUUUGGACACAGAAUACGAGAUAAAAGUGUCACAAGUAUUGACGCCUAAACCCGUUAAUUCCCAGCCAUCACAAACAUCCAGUCUGAGUGAAGAGUCGGACCGAAAGUGUCGUGAAUUGUGUGAAGAGAUGUCGGCUCUGAAGGCAAGCAAUGAGUCCGAAGUGAAGGCAUUGAAAGCACAGCUCAAGACAUCCAACGACUCAAUGGAGACAAUGACUGAAGAGAUGGAGAAUUUGAGACAACAAUUGAUAACAUCUGAGAAGAGUAAUCAAGAAUUGGUGGCAGAAUUGUGUGAAUUCUCGGCUCAAAAAAUUUGUUUAACUCAAGAGAUAUCGACUUUGAAGGCGAAGAAUGAGAUAGAAGUACAGGCAUUGAUAAUACAGCUCAAGACAUCAUUGGAGUCAAUGGAGACAAUGGUUAUCGAAAAUACUAAUUUGAAACAAGCGCAUUCAGUGAGUGAUUCUUCUCCCAGUUGUUCAUCGAUCGGAUCCCACAAUCCAUUGACCAUUAAUUCAGACAAAACCAGAGAUAAGUUGAAUAGUGGGGAAUCCGAGACACUAAUGGCUGAACACAAGUCACUCCGGAAGCGAUACUCGGAUCUCGUGGUCACUCACGAAGAAUACGUAUCGGCGCUCGAGUCGGCUCAGGAGGAGAGUCGCAGAUACCGGAAGUGCUUUGAAGAGAGCACUCAAGAGCGCAACUUUGCCAUCAUUGAGAGGAAUGGACUCAAACAA